AUGCAGGGACUGAGAGAGUCGGCGUUUCUGCCGACGAUCAAAUGUUCGUCAUGCGGCUUGCAGGUCGAAAUCUCCCUGAUGGGAGAACAUGUGUGUUCUGGGCCGGCCGUCGAGCUAUCACCGCCUCCCGAUAGCAACGAUAAGUUUGACGAUCCGCUCCCCAGGCCGCUGCAGACAGAUAAGAUGGGCCCGUACAUGGUACCGGCACCGUUGACUCCGGUGAGCCAAUAUGGAGGAUCGCGCAGCGUUUCUCCAAUGACGCCAAACAGACCAUCAUUUGCUGAUCAAGCAAGAGACUUCUUCUCAUUUGGCGGCGCCAGAGUAGAAGAACCAACAAACAUACCCGAAAAGCCCCUACAGCCUGACAGCAAUGGGCACCGCAGCUCAAAAAGCAUGGCUACCCUAGCUCCCGCAAAGCCUCUUGGUUUCAUGGAGCGGAUGAACACCAUUGCCCCAGGCCCCUUUGAUACGAACCAACGACCCUCGACUUCGCAUGGCGCCUUUCCCACACAAAAGGAAUCGGUAACCAAGUUCGAUGCAUUUUUACUGGAAGAGCCUGGGCGAAUCCCUGAGCGACCUGGAACAAGUCAUUCCAACUUGUCCACGGGAAGCGGCAGUAAUCUUCCAUCAACCCCAAAGCAGCCCCGAAAGAAUGGAUAUGAAGGAUUCGGAGCUCCGUCGGGGCGCCAGCUAGAUCCCAACGCCAUGGCACCGCCAAUGAGAGCGGAAACCUUUCCUAGACCUUCACCUGGUGUAGGAGAAACCCCACGGCGGCCGUCAUUUGCCAGCCCAAUGUCUCACAACCGACUGCCUUCCAUGGGAGAUCCAGAUGCGGAGCGACGACCAUCUUUGGGGCCCGACACAACGAGGCGCCCGCCACCACGUAAAAGCCUUAUUCCUCAACACCUCCCUACAGAAUCCCUCAACUUGGCCGCCGAGUUCGGCUCCAGCAACCCCUAUCAUACGGCAUCUGAUUCAUCAUCCUCAGGAUACUCUACCUUUAGCAACCAGAGCCAAACCACUACACAGACAAGUCCGGCAAGGUCGCAGCCGCGCAACAGCAUCCCCGACGCGCUUAGAGUGAGGGCAAUGCCUGGUGUAAUGUCGACAACCACAGAGAAGCCACGGCCCGCCGAUCUUCGACUCGACCCAGCAGCUGAUAUACCGCUUCCCGCGCGAUCUCCAGUGCCACGAUCGCCAUACCUUAUACCCGAGGGAGAAGAGGAGCGUUAUGACCCAGCUAUCCAACCUGGCAUUGGUCAGCCAGCGUUCAAGCCAUACAGAGCGUUUAGCCCAGCCCCGGAACCAAAGUCUGAGCCUGAGCCUGAGCCUGAGCUAGACUUGGGACCUAAAAACGAAAGCUCUCCAAGACAAUCAUCUCCGAGAUCUCCGAGGCAACAGUCUACUCCUAGACAGCCUACCCCUAGGCAGUCCACCCCGCUGCAGCCCUCUGCUAGACGGUCAACUCCCAUGCAGCCCUCUCCCAGACAGUCAACUCCAGUGCAGCCCUCUCCUCGACAGUCAACUCCCCGACAAUCGCCUCCGAGGAAAUCAUCUCUGAGACAAUCUCAAACCGCCUCGACAGAAUCUCCUCGAAAGUCAUCCAGAGACCUCAAAGGCUCCAAAGACCUUAAGCUUCCGUCCCGUGGCGACUGCAAGGCUUGUGGCGAACCCAUUACCGGAAAGAGCGUUUCGUCCGCCGAUGGGAGGUUGACUGGAAGAUAUCACAAGGCUUGCUUUGUCUGUACCACUUGCGCGAACCCCUUUACCUCUGCCGAGUUUUACGUUUUGGACGACAAGCCGUACUGUGAGCAGCACUACCACAAGCUCAAUGGCAGCUUGUGUGGAAGCUGCGGAGUCGGAAUCGAGGGGCAGUUUGUUGAAGAUGAGUCUCGUGCUAAGCAUCACGUAGGAUGCUUUUGCUGCCUUGACUGCGGCGUGCCGCUCUCCGACGGCUACUUUGAAGUCGACGGCAAGGCCUACUGCGAGCGCGAUGCUGUGAGAAGAACACGGCCGCCACCACCACCUAAUCCUUACCCUCGGGGUCCUCCAGGCAGAGGCGGAUACGGAGGCCCGGGUCCUCGACCUUACGGCGGACCACCUGGACCGCCUGGACCUGGACGAAUGGGUCCAGGAGGACCGGGACCUCGACCCUACGGCCCUCCUGGCCUGCCGAGAGGACCAGGACCCUAUGGUGGCCCCCCACCAGGCCGACUCGGACCCGGCAUGGGACCCGGCAUGAGGCCUGGCAUGGGACCUGGCAUGGGACCCGGUUUGGGUCCACUGCCCAAGAUGAACAAGAGGAUGACACGCCUGGGCAUGAUGUAA